AUGGAAACAGGUAUCCACCAAUUAGCGAAUCGAAUCGGAUCAGUGGAAGAAGUUCACAAGUUGAAGAAGACGAUGAGAAAUGAUCUUCAGUCUAUCAACAAGUCUGCUCUUAAGACAAUUCAAAGUCCCGAUGGCGAUAUAAUAGAUUGUGUUGUGUUUGAUAAACAACUAGCUUUCGAUCAUUCUCUAUUGAAAGAACAAAAAUCAUUGGAUCCUCCAGAAAUACCAAGAGACAAUAAGAAUGCUUUGAGUGACAACUUUCAAUUGUGGAGCUUAUCUGGUGAAUCAUGUCCAGAAGAAACGAUUGCAAUUAGACGAACAGAAGAAAAAGCCAUCUUUAACGGAUACGCUGAUCAUGAACAUUCAUAUGGGUCUCUGGCUGGGGAUAUCUACCAUGGCGCAAAGGCUACCAUAAGCGUGUGGGCCCCGCAUGUGGAAAGCCCUAAUGAAUUCAGCUUGGCUCAAAUGUGGAUCGUCGGUACAAAUGGUAUCGACGACAACAACAAAAACACCGUUGAAGCUGGUUGGCAUGUGAAUCAAAAUCUCUACGGAGACAAUCGCCCUAGAUUGUUUAUCUAUUGGACCGCUGAUGGAUAUGACCAAACCGGAUGCUACAAUUUAUUAUGCCCAGGCUUUGUUCAAACUAGUAAUAAAAUUGCACUUGGAGCUGCGAUUUCUCCAAUUUCUACAUAUAAUGGAGGCCAAUUUGAUAUUACCUUGUCCAUCUAUAAGGAUUCAAAGGACGGAAAUUGGUGGCUUGCAUUUGGAUCUGACCUAGUUGGAUACUGGCCAUUUUCUUUGUUCCCAUUCUUAAAAGAUCAUGCAACUAAUAUUCAAUUUGGUGGAGAAAUAACGAAUUCAAAGUCAGGAGGGGCUCACACGUCAACCCAAAUGGGGAGUGGACAUUUUGCCGAGGAGGGUUUUAGAAAAGCGUCAUAUAUUAGAAAUAUACAAGUUUGGGGUUCUGAUAACAACUUGGUUCCAUUGUCAAAUCUCAAGUUUACCGCAGAGCAACCAAAUUGUUAUAAUAUACAAGGGGGGAUUGAUGAUAACUGGGGAAAUUAUUUUUACUAUGGUGGACCUGGAAGGAAUGCCAAAUGUCCCUGA